AUGGACGAAGACGACGCAUUUCUGUAUGGCGACGAAGAGGAUUACCCCAGUGUAGUGGAAGCCCCUUCUGAGCAGCCCCCAAAGGACCCCGAACCAAACCAGAGCAUUCCGGGCCAGUUGAUUGUAUUGCCUAACGGGCCUGCCGAACCGUUUCUGGUCGCUUCAGUACCGGCAGUCGUGGUUGCGGAAGACCUAGAAGAGCCCGAUGAACUUCCGAUGGAGCACAGUGAAGGCGAGGGCAAAGAAGGAGAUGCUGAUGGCGAAGAGGAGGGGGAAGAAGAAGACGAGGAGGAAGACAGAGAAAGCGAGGAUGACGACUUGGAGAUCAUCUUGCAGCCACAACCCCGUUCCAUCGAUUUCCGCGACCCUAGUCAUCAGCGGCCUGUUAGACCACCAGUGGCGUCUCCAGCGAAAGCCAGCAGUCUCCUGACGACAGAAUAUACGCCUCGUGAACGUGACACAAGUAUCAGUAUUCCCAAGAGCACUGGCACACCACAGUCCACAAACCUGAUCCCUGUGACGGACGUGAAGCAGAUUUCUACAGCUCAGGUUGCAGUCGAAAAUCGUCCAAUACCAGAUGGUCCUCCACCUCGAGCAGCUUCUAAUGCCCCGGAGAUAGAUCCGUCUGCUUCUGGAAUGCUGGAUGCUCGCUCGAUCUACGAGGUGGAAAUCCAAUCGUUAGCGGAGAAACCAUGGAGGCGGCCAGGUAGCGAUCUCAGUGACUGGUUCAAUUAUGGAUUCGAUGAGAUAUCAUGGGAGGCCUAUUGCAUGAGGAAAAAAGAGCUAAGCGAGCUUAGUACUGCCCUCAAGCAGAACGUGAUUGCAUAUACUGGGAUGCCUGAGAACCAAUUGCUGGCACUCCCUCCUGAGAUGCGGACUAUGGCUAUCAAUAGUGCGAACAUGGCAAACACUAUGCCCAUCGGUAUGGCCCAGAACAUAAUGGGAGGUAUGCCAGGUAUCCCUGCCGGGGAUAUGAUGGGUAUGCCUGCCAUAGGAAUGGCGGGCAUGCAGCCAGUUCAACAGAAUAUGAUGGGCACUGCAAUGGGGCCCGAGCAUAGCAUCCAUAUGCACGACAACAUGACUGGUAACGUGCAAGGCCAGGGACCUAGUAUUGAAGGAAUGGCCUCUGAAGGCUUUCCCUAUGGGUACAGCGGAGUUCAAAUCACCCCAGGUGCACCCGUUGGCGGUUCAGACACCAAUACCCCAGGCAUUGCACAAUUCAGUACAUUCACGGGUGGCUACGGUGUUGAUGCAAGCGGGUCACAUGGAGAUCACGCCUUUCCAGCGAGGACAACGGCUCGUCACACUACGCUAGGUGGCCGUGGAAGUACCCCUGUCCGAGGAACGGGGGUACCUGUGCGAGGGCGAGGUCGAGGGGCGGGGUUUGCUGCCGGAGAGAAUAUGUCGACUCUUCCAACUCGUCCUGCAUCGCCCCUUCCGCCGAAUGUUCCAACAGGACCGCGGAACAGGACAACAUACAAAGACAAAGACCGAGAGCCCGUGAAACAAGAUGUUGAAGGGUUGGACUAUGGGGGCGGCAUAGUUGUAGAACCUGCCACCAGUAGUCGCAAAAGGCCGUACAUUGGUGAGGAGGAGACUGGACGUUCUAAACGUCGGUGA